AUACCGCGAGAGGUUUUAUGUUCUCGCGACAGUUACGUCAGAAACAGACAAUAUGGCGGACCGGCUAACACAACUUCAAGACGCAGUCAAUUCGCUUGCUGAUCAGUUUUGUAAUGCUAUCGGCGUCCUGCAACAGUGUGCACCUCCUGCAUCUUUCAGUAACAUCCAGACAGCUAUCAACAAGGAUCAGCCAGCAAACCCAACAGAAGAGUAUGCCCAGCUGUUUGCAGCCCUUAUAGCCCGAACAGCCAAAGAUGUGGAUGUACUCAUAGACUCGCUGCCCAGUGAGGAGUCCACAGCAGCUCUGCAGGCGGCCAGUCUGCGGCAGCUGGAGGAGGAGAACCAUGAGGCAGCAGCUCGGCUAGAAGAGGUGGUUUACCGCGGCGAUAUGCUGCUGGAGAAGAUCCAGAGUGCACUGGCUGACAUUGCCCAAUCUCAGCUCCGCACCCGCAACGGGGCACCCAGCCAGCCAUCACCGGCUGAAUCCUGACCCGAGGAAUGCAUAAUAUGAUUCUGGACAAUUUUCAGUCUUUUCAGCUAUUUUUUUUCUUUGCCUUCAGCCACAAUAGGCCAUCAUUGAAACUGCCAAACAUGGUGUGUGUUCACAUGUCAAAUGUGUGAACAUGUAGAUGCUGAAGUGGUUCUGUGUGGAUGAGGUCAUCUUUAUGUUUUUUGUUUGUUUUUGAAACGUCAUUUCUACAGCUCAGCUAAAGAAGGAUGAAGGAUGGUGUCUUUACAUGCACAUGGAUCUUCUUUCCUGAAAUUUUUAUUUAAAAAAAAAAAAAAAAACCUUCUCUGUGGGCCUGAGGAGACCAAUCUGACAGGUGUUCUGUGAUUUAUGUACACUAUAAUGUUAUAUAUAUUUAUGUCUGAUUUUGUAGAUAUUCAAUGAAACCAUGAUAGCUCAUCUCUCUUGAGGUAUUUUCUUUUUUAAAUAAACCGUGGAUAGCCACAUAAGUGUUAAUAAUAUCCCCUUUUUUUAAUAUAGUUUGCAAACUGUUACCACAAGCGUUUUGUACACAAACCAUGUGGGUGAUGUUAAUUGUUGGAGUUUGUUUGUGGCAUUGCAUCACUUUCAUUUUUUUCAUUGGAACUGAUACACUAGCAGAAACUGACAUGACGUACUGCGAGCCUUUACCAGGAAAUGAUUACAAUUAAAGAAUGACCACAU